AUGGAAUUCGACGGCGAUUUCCUGCCAAUAUCAAGCUCAGGAGACGACGCGGAGUCGCGGACUAUUGAAAACUUCGAUUUUGCGAAAUGUUCUCGGAGAGUUACUGGCAUGUCAUCAACGUUAGCUCACUGUUACACGGUUAAUCUACGCGCUCUCGACUUCUGCGGCGUACACCUGAUGGCGGGCAUGACUCAUCUCGGAUACGCCACUUGA